UUGGAGUGUCUGCUGUGAUGGACGCAAACCUCUUUACUUGUCUAACAGAUCAUUCCUGCAGGAGGUGAAAAGUUAAAGAUAACAUGUUUGUAGUGAUCUUACUUUUACUUUACCAACACAGUGGUGAAGGUAUUUGCCACAAUGUUAGUAGACCCAACAUUGUGAUGGUGAUGAGUGAUGCAUUUGAUGGCCGAUUGACAUUUGAACCUGGCAGCAAAGUUGUUCAGCUUCCAUACAUAAACUAUGUCCGGCAGCUGGGAUCGACCUUUCUCAAUGCUUACACCAACUCGCCAAUCUGCUGUCCUUCCAGAGCAGCAAUGUGGAGCGGCCGGUUUGUUCAUCUCACCCAGUCGUGGAAUAACUACAAGUGCUUGGAUGCAAAUGCAACCACGUGGAUGGAUUUACUGGAGAGGAACGGAUACCUCACCAAGAUGAUGGGAAAGUUGGAUUACACUUCAGGAAGUCACUCCGUCAGUAAUCGAGUUGAGGCAUGGACCCGAGACGUCCAGUUUCUCCUUCGCCAAGAAGGUCGGCCUGUGGCUCAACUUGUUGGAAACACGUCAACUGUGAGGGUCAUGCAGAAAGACUGGGAGACGACAGACAAGGCCACACAGUGGAUCCAGCAGGCCGCUGCUUCCUCACGUCAGCCCUUUGCUCUUUAUCUGGGUCUCAAUUUGCCUCACACCUACAGAACGGAGUCUCUGGGGCCCACAGCAGGAGGAUCCACGUUCCGUACCUCGCCAUACUGGCUCAAAAAGGUGUCAUCUGAGGUCAUCUCUGUUCCAAAAUGGCUCCCUAUGGAGGCGAUGCACCCGGUCGAUUACUACUCCACUUUCACCAAAAACUGCAGUGGUGAUUUCACUGUGGAGGAAGUGAAAAACAUCCGGGCCUUCUAUUAUGCAAUGUGUGCUGAAGCAGAUGCCAUGCUGGGUCAGGUGAUUUCAGCUCUGAGAGAGACCGGCUUGCUAAGCAACACAGUGGUGAUUUUCACAUCUGACCACGGAGAGCUGGCCAUGGAGCACCGGCAAUUUUAUAAGAUGUCAAUGUUUGAAGGCAGCUCCCAUGUGCCUUUGCUCAUCAUGGGUCCCGGGUUGAUGUCCGGCCUGCAGGUCAACCAGCUCGUGUCUUUGGUCGAUCUCUAUCCCACUGUUCUCGAAAUCACUGAUAUUUCACCCGUUGGUAAUCUGAGUGGCCAUUCCCUCCUCCCUUUGGUAACCGGAGCAUUUAGCAAGAGGCAACAUCCAGACUGGGUGCUGAGUGAAUAUCAUGGCUGUAAUGUCAACGCCUCCACAUACAUGCUGAGAAGCGGCAGGUGGAAAUACAUCACCUAUGCAGACGGCCUGACCGUCCGCCCACAACUCUUUGACCUGACAGUGGAUAAGGAUGAGCUUCACAAUGUGGCUCUUAAAUUCCCAGAUGUGCAUGCACGUCUGGACAAGCUGUUGCUUAGCAUUGUGGACUAUCCAGAAGUGUCUACAGCUGUCCACGUCUACAACAAACAAGCGUUUACUGAAUGGCGCAAGAGUCUGGAGGGAAACUACAGCCGGGUCAUUGCAGAGCUCCGGUGGCACGUGGACUGGCAGAAAGAUGUUUUAGCCAAUGAGAGAGCUGUCGAUGAGUGGCUCUCUGGCUCAUUCCGAUAGUUUCUUACUUAUAAAUAAUAUUGUAAGAUAAUAUCUAUGAUUAAAAUUUGUUUUAUUAUAUUGAGCUGGAAUAUUUUUUUAAAAAAAUAGUGUAGUGGAAUAUUUUCAAAAGAAACAGGAAGUACCUUGCCAUUCUGUAAUAAUUAUAAUGAUGGAUAUGCUUCUGAGGCCAUCGACCAUUUCUUACAGGAAGCACAUCAAUCCACCUUAAGUUUCAUUACACUGGUUAUCUUAAAAUUGAUAGUUUUCAUAUUUAAAUUAAUGAUUUUUAAAGAACUGGGCUGGUCCCAGAAUAUACACUGAACGUCUCAUAAUACAUGGGCAGAGACAUUACCCUUUAGAUCCUUAUUAUUUUUAUAUUUAGCCCAUUACUUGUUAUUGGAGUUAACUAUUAUCUAAUUAUAAAUGCAGUCUAUGCUGUCUGUGUACAUUGUUUUGUUUGUAUUUUCCUCUGUUGUGAUUGGGUAUUUCAAUAUGUUGCUAUGAGCACUUUCUCCUUGUAACUCAUUUAACACUAGGUUUACCAAGCAGGGGCCGGUUUGGCCCAACCCAUCCCAGAACCCAGAGAGGGGCCACAGUGGCUCAGUGCUUUUGAAUACACAAGUCGUCGUCCUCCAGCCAGCCACCUUUCAUUUGUAAAUGCAGCCGAUACACAAUGCAUCAUGCAGGAAUGUGGCCCAAACAGAGGGAGAAGUGUAGCACACACGCCAAUGUUCAGCUGAUGCUUCUAAAACUCUCUUCAUGUGAUAGUUUAUAUCAGUUUGACACAAAUUACCAUUUUCAGAAGAGAAAGUUUUGUUGUGGAUGUAAGGUAUCAUUUUGCACGAGAAUUGGGGAGUUUGCACAUUUUAUUAGUGUGUGUGUAUUUCAUAGUUAAAAAAAUAAGAUAUAUUUUACAGUGCAUCUGUGGGUGCUGUGUAUGAAAACAAUAUUUGUCAUAACAUAGUAUGUACAGUGCCUUGAAAAAGUCUUCACCUCUUUUGAAUUCUUUGCCCUUUUUCUUAAAUUUCAUACUUUGAACAUUAAGUUAUAAAAUUGGCAUAUUUUGUGAGGAACCAACAUCAAAUGGGACACAAUUGUGCAGUGAAACGAAAUUUGUACAACAUAUAAACUUGUUUUUAGAAAUAAAAACCUGAAAAGUGGGUUGUGCAAUAUUAUUCACCCUCUUUUCUCAUAGUGGCUUCAGAAGUUGUCUGAUUGUUUCCUAAAUGAUCAAAUGUUGAGCAAAUGACUUAACAGAGUAUGAGUGCAAUCCAGUCUUAGAACAGAUGUAGCUGGUCUGCAAUGGUCCCGAUGGUCUGUCAGAGAAACAGACGCAAAACUACACUCUUCUCUAUGCCACAAAAUCAGUCCUUCUGUUGAGGGGAGGUUUGAGGUGGCCUUUUCACAAGGCUACCCUGCACUGAAGUACCUUGCUCCCCUUCACACUCUGGCCCCCAAACCCCCACCACACAAAACAAAUCCAUUGUUUGGAGAAAGAAUCUUCCUCCCUGGCUCUCCCCCCCCCCAAUAGGUAUGCAUGAGCCACCAACCUGGCAGGUAUCAGCUGCAUUUACAAAAGAAAAGCAGGCCAGCGAUCGGCCGCUGAGCUGUGCACUGAAAAUCAGGGGAAAAGGGGGAAGAGUUUCAUAGGUAGGAAAAAAAAAAAGAAAACUUGGGAUUACAAAAAAAUCAGUCUUUUUGGAAAGAGUCUUCCUGGCCGAUUUGCCAAUUUUAUGUAUUUAUGUUUGCUGUAUGAAAUUUAACAAAAGGUCAAAAAAUUCAAGAGGGAAAUAUACUUUUGCAAGGCGCUGAAUGUGCUUAUAGAAAAUAUAACACUGAAUCAGCAUCCAAUGUAAAACUGAAGUAAGAGGUUGACGCAGUUUAUGUUUGUAAUUUCUUCCUGUGAUUUAUUGAUGAUGCACAGAAUUCAGUCUGCCUGGCUGAUCCGGGCAGUUCCCCACGAAUCUUAUUCAUUGUGCCAAGGAUGGUGGUCUUCCGUCAGAGGAGUUGUUUGGCGAGUGCCAGAGACAUGAAGAAAUGUAUCUGUUGUUACCGUUCUGCUUUUGUCCAGAAACGGCUCCAUCAGCUUUAUCACCACAUCUUCUCCCACUCUCACUCCCUUGGCAUGGCUGGGGUCUUUCCCAACACAGGGGGUCAUGUUGCAGGUCACAUGCCACCCAGAACUUUAUCCCAACCUGGUCUGGUUUUGUUGCAGUGUAUUGCAAGAAACAGCAGUGACACUUUGUUGGGAACAGCUGUUUGUCUGUGGUGAUGUCCUGCCUGGAUUGUAGGACCAAAUGCAGUUUGCAACAAAGAAACUCCAAACAUUGGAGAUUGUGGGAAACCUGUCAGUCUCAACUGGGUCCCAGUCAAUACCUGGGAGUUACAUCACAAUUUGUGAUGGUUAAAAAAGUUAAUUGUGUUUGGAAAGAAUCUUCCCUGCCAAACUCAGGAGGAAAUCUCAAAGUAGUUCCUGGCUGUUUUCAAGCCUCCUCCUCCCCCUCAGAGGUCUGCAUGAACCAACUAGCUGGAAGGUAUCGGCUGCAUUUACAAAUGAAAGGUGGCUGGCUGUAAGAGAACGACUUGUGUAUUCAAAAGCACUGGACCACUUUGGCCUCUCUGGGUUUCCCAGGGAGGCCAGAAAAUCCUGGUAUUCCUAGUGUUAAAGAAUAAAUUAAUAUUCAUAAGUAUAUUUGUGUCCAAUUUUUGUGUUGCUGUGUGCUUCUUUACAAUCACUCUAUUUGUUUAUCCUUUCAAUUAGUUUUUUUCUAAUGUAAGUCA